CUGAGCACUUCCGAAGGUAUCUGAAGCUGCGGCUGGAUGCCCGCCACAGAGGAGGCUCACACGCCUGCCGUUUGUGCCCGACCGUCCUUCAGCCCUGCGCUGGCCCUCCCACGCCAACGCUGACGAAACGGCGCAUAUCUGCACAAGAGAUGAAGCAUAUGGAGAACAUAUCCAGCCUGUUUCAUGGCAGCACCCCAGACGAGUAUCAGAGGCUAGAGUCCAAAUCGGGGGAGCAGCCCUGGGAGAUGAUCAUGGACAAGAAGCACUUCAAGCUCUGGAGGCGUCCGAUUGAGGGCACCCACUUGUAUCAGUACCGAGUAUUUGGAACAUACACAGAUGUGACUCCCAGGCAGUUCUUCAAUGUACAGCUGGACACUGAGUAUAGGAAGAAGUGGGACUCACUGGUCAUCAAGUUGGAUGUCAUUGAAAGAGACCUGGCCACUGGUUCGGAAGUGAUUCACUGGGUAACUCACUUCCCGUACCCUAUGUAUUCACGAGACUACGUAUAUGUUCGACGGUACAGCGUAGACAAAGAGAACAAUUUGAUGGUACUAGUGUCACGGGCAGUGGAGCACCCAAGUGUCCCAGAAGAUCCUGAGUAUGUUCGGGUCAGAACCUACGAGUCUCAGAUGGUCAUCCGUCCGCACAAAACAUUUGAUGAGAACGGUUUUGACUACUUGCUGACAUAUAGUGACAACCCACAGACCGUGUUCCCACGCUACUGCGUCAGCUGGAUGGUCUCUAGCGGCAUGCCGGACUUUCUGGAAAAGCUGCAUACGGCCACCCUGAAAGCCAAGAAGAUGGAGAUCGAAGUGCGGGACUAUAUGUCUGCCAAGCCCAUCGAAAGCGGCAGCAGCGAGGGGAAAGCGAGCGUGGCGAGCGCCGAGCACAAGAGUGAAGGCACCUGUGGCCCUGCCCAACUGGAGUACGCCUGAGGGCCCCCGCCGGUCCCGAGCCCCGGCACGCCGGAGCCGGGCUCGGGGGAAGGACCCGUCCGGU